AUGUGUUCCUGUCGCUUUGCCAUCUCCGGGCUUGAUGUCCCUGCGUGUCUGCGUCCCCCUGCAGCUGCUCUACUUCAGCGUGUAAAUGCCCUAGCUGCGUUUGAACUCAAUUCAACAUUUUGUUCACAAAGCUGUGACAAUGCACCAACAGGAGAGUUUACUUGCAACACUGGGUAUAAAUGUAUCGGUGCUUUAUGGAACUAUACAUGCCACAAUUUUGACGAAUGUGUUGGUGGAAGUCAUACAUGCCAUAACAGUGCCACGUGUAAUGAUACGGAUGGUAGCUUCACAUGCCGAUGCAUUGUCGGUUACUCUGGAGACGGGGGCCAAUGUACAGAUAUUGACGAAUGUAUUGGUGGAAGUCAUACAUGCCAUAACAAUGCCACGUGUAAUGAUAUGGAUGGUAGCUUCACAUGCCGAUGCAAUGUCGGUUACUCUGGAGACGGGGGCCAAUGUACAGAUAUUGACGAAUGUGUUGGUGGAAGUCAUACAUGCCAUAACAGUGCCACGUGUAAUGAUACGGAUGGUAGCUUCACAUGCCGAUGCAACGUCGGUUACUCUGGAGACGGGGGCCAAUGUACAGAUAUUGACGAAUGUAUUGGUGGAAGUCAUACAUGCCAUAACAAUGCCACGUGUAAUGAUAUGGAUGGUAGCUUCACAUGCCGAUGCAAUGUCGGUUACUCUGGAGACGGGGGCCAAUGUACAGGUGUUGGCGCAACUGUUACCAGUGAUUCACCCGGGAUGCCCAAGAGCGGCCCAUUCCUCCUUCCCACCAUUUGUAUCACCAUGGUUACAUUUACCUUGGCAAUUAUGACACUGAUCAUGUGACCCAUGGCAGUGCUGAUAGUUGUUUUGGCUUCUCUGCUUUGAAUUGAAAUUCCUAGCAUGAUGUUCACGAACUUUUCGUUUCCAUUUAUUAUCCACCCGGUAUAUUCAAUAUGUGAUCUACAGAGGGUUAAUAUGCAAAAAAUUACAUUUGUAAGCAUGGAGGCCCACCGCCAGCUUUUGAUGUAAUCACGGUCUCCCUCUCAUAUGUUUGUGUAGGAAGAUUAAUUUUUGUGAUUCAACCACA